GGGCGGGGCCAUCUCGCAUCAUGACGCCCUCCUUCUCAUCCGCCGCUCGGUGAAGAAGAAAAGACCUCAGCUCGCCAAAUUUCAUGUGUCGCCAUAGUUCCUGUAUGCACCAACAGGAAGGCGGUGUCGAGUUAUCUCUCACACACACACACACACGCCUGCUCCAUGGAGAUAAAAGUGUGGCGAGGGCCCAGGCAGAGGUCGAGAUGAGGGCAGCGGGAACAUCCCAGCCAAUGCUGACACAACGGACUUAACGUCGGCUCGCCGUCACGCGUCCCGCUGAUGCCCCGCCCCUUCUCCAGCCCAGCCAUGUUGCUGAAGAGGAAGCUGUACGUGGUGGUGGUGAUCGCCGCCGUCCUCCUCCUCAUGCUCGCCAGUCAGAGUAUCCAAAAAGGGCAUUUCCUGUCUUUGUACUUGGACACGCCCCCCAGCCUGGCCACACCCAGUGGGAAAUCCUUCCGUAGGGAGACAGCUCCUCCUGAUGGCGUCUCCGCUACACACGUUCCUCCCAGCGCCGCCAAGCGCGAGGCGCAGAUCAAGAACUCUGAAGUUGUCCCCAGGCUCUGCGGUUGUUCCCAGUCCUGCGUCUCAGAUCUGGGCGCGUCAGACUGGUUCAGCCAUCGCUAUGAUCCCCAACAGCAGCCCUUCCUCCAGGACAGCAACAUGAGCUUGGACCCUGACGCCCUCCAGUGGUGGCUGAGCCUCCAGCGCUCCGGUAACGACCAAAGUCUACAGGAAGUGAUGUCACAGAUGUUCAAGGUCAUUUCCUCGCCCGCCGGGGACUUCACGCUGGGGCCGUCGCGUUGUCUCUCCUGUGCGGUGGUGGGAAACUCCGGCAACUUGCAACAGUCGGGACACGGCAAACUCAUAGACUCCCACGGCACCGUGAUCCGGAUGAACAAAGCCGUGACUCUGAGUUUUGAAAGGGACGUUGGGAAUCGCACCACGCACCACUUCAUGUACCCGGAGAGUGCGGUGGACGUGGAGGGCGGUGUGAGUCUCAUCCUGCUGCCGUUCAAGCUGCGAGACAUGGAGUGGCUGACCAGCGCUCUGUCCACUGGGCAGAUCAAAAUGACGUACAUGAGGGUGAAAGACAGAGUGAAAGCAGAUCAAGAUAAGGUCAUGGUGGUGAAUCCGGUUUUCUUUAAAUACGUUCAUGAUCGCUGGACUGAGCGUCAUGGCCGCUACCCGUCCACAGGCAUGCUGGCCCUCAUCUUCGCCCUGCACACCUGCGACCAGGUGUCGGUAUUUGGUUACGGCGCAGACAAGCAGGGCAACUGGCACCACUACUGGGAGGAGAACCGCUACGCCGGAGCCUUCCGGAAGACCGGCGUCCACAGCGCCGACUUUGAGACUCAAGUGAUCGAGCAGCUGGCCAAGGAGGGGAAGAUCAGUCUGCACCUGUGAAGUCCGCCUGGACCCUCCAGCACACGCCUUGACCGUCCUGCGAACACAUGCGGACACGCAGCACUUCUGAUGGAGAGGAAGCGCGACAUCUCGUGAGCGUCCUCCGAAUGACACUGAAUAACCAAACCGGGGGCACACGAGGGUCCGGACUGCUGGUCCGUCUUGUGACGACAUCCGCGUGCCUUCAUGACGCCAAUGGGGAGUCUGCAAUUCUGCCUCACACCGUCCUGCAACCUCGAAAAAAGCUUUGCGCUGAGUGGGGAACAACCACAAACUUUAAAACAGUCCUUAAUUGACACUGUUUAGGGAUAACCUCUUUUUUUUUUUUCACUCCGAGCACUUUGUCUGAAGCAAAUGGCCACCAUUUUGCUGCUUUAUUGUGCCCGCUCACACUGCGUCUUCGUGUGCUUUCGCACAGAAUUGCGAAAAUUCCAAUCGCACCUAAAUGCCUCACAGCAAGCCCGUGACAUCACUCUCUUUCUCCUAUUGGUCCAACGACUGGCGCGAGAAUGUAAACAGGAAGAAAGUGAGAGAGGCGACACAACACAGAGCCAAAAUAGUUUGUAGGAGGUUGAAUAGUGAAGAGGACUUAAGUAAUUCCGGCUACAAUAUGCCAGCAGAUAGUGCUCUUUAAGGGGGGAUUUUUUUUAUCCUCUCUCUUCAAGCGCUGCUUGAAUGAACACGUGAUAAACCGGAAAGAAACGCCUUGGGUAAGUCCUAGUUCUCUUUUUUUUUUAUAAGUAUCAGCAUUUAGUUCAGGAUUAUUACUGAAUCGACGACAAAAAAUUUCUGGUUGCAGUAAAAUAACACGCCUUAACUAUCGUCUUGACCACGUUUUGCCUUGUCACGUGAUGUCAAUGUUGGCCAAAAAAAAAAAAAAAAAAAAAGCAGACGAUUUCAUGUGUUUUGCCUUAAAUAACGUUAUCUUAUCUUAAUCAUUAGUAUCUCGUAAAAGCCCAGCUACAAAGAAAAAAUUCCAGAAGACGUCCUCAGUGAGAACAUUCAUGACACAAAAUGACUGUUUGCUCUAAAAUAACACAUGAUCGUGUUGACGUUUUGCCUUGUCAAGCGAUGUCAAUGUUGGCCAACAAAAAAAGCAGACGAGCUCAUGUAUGUUUUGCCUUAAAGAAAGUUAUCAUAUCUUAAAUCACUAGUAGCUUGUAAAAAGCCCAACUACAAAGAAGAAAGUCAAUAAGACGUCCCCGGUGAGUACAUUCAUGACAAAAAAAAAGUCUGAUCUAUUCUCUGUGUCAUACUUGAUCAUUUCACGAUAUUGCCAUAUUUUUGCUGAAAGGAUUUAGUAGAGAACAACGACGAUAAAGAUCGCAACUUUUGGUAUCUGAUAAAAAAAAAAAGCCUUGCCCCUACCGGAAGUAGCGUGACGUAGUCAAUUGAACAUUUCCGCAAAGUUCCCUAUUGUUUACAAUGAUGGCCGCCAGAAGUGAGAGCGAUUCGGACCAAGAAAGCGACGAUUUCCCCAUUAAUUUGAGCGAGGAUGAAAGAUUUGUGGAUGAGGAAAGUGCAAGUGAAGGACUAGUGGGGAGUGGAAGCGAUUCACAUAGGGAAGAUGCUGUGAGAGGCGGGUGGGACCUGAUAUUCAGCUGGGAAUGACUACAACAGUAAAUAAACACAAGACAUAUACAUAUACUCUAUUAGCCACAACACGAUUCCCGGGCGCGACGCCGCUGCUGCCCACUGCUCCCCAAGGGGAUGGGUCAAAUGCAGAGGACAAAUUUCACCACACCUAGUGUGUGUGUGACAAUCAUUAGAGAAGAAAAGAAAAGAAAAAGACAACCAGCCCAAAGGACCGUUCACCUAACCCAAGGUUCAUAAAGCUUAUAUAUUUACCCAAAGUUACGUACAUGACACGCACGUACGGGCAAGCGAUCAAAUGUUUGGAAGCGCGCGGGUGGGGCCUGAUAUUCAGCUGGGAAUGACUACAACAGUAAAUAAACACAAGACAUAUAUAUACUCUAUUAGUCACAACACAACCAGGCUUAUAUUUAAUAUGCCACAAAUUAAUCCCGCAUAACAAACACCUAGGUGUUUGUUAUGCUAGCUCCUAGCUACUAGCUCGAGCUAGUUAUAGCUCGAGCGGGUUAUAUGGACGGGAUCCUGUCCAUAUAACCCGCAAAUACAAUUCAAACACCUGCACAACACACACACUCACUCAGCCCAAAGGACCGUUCACCUAACCCAAGGUUCAUAAAGCUUAUAUAUUUAACCAAAGUUACGUACGUGACACGCACGUACGGGCAAGCGAUCAAAUGUUUGGAAGCGCAGCUGCGUACUCACGGUAUGGCGUCUGCGUCUGUGUAUCCAAAUCAAAGUCCUCCUGGUAAAAAUCUCUGUUGUCCCCGAGUUCUUCGAUCUUGACUGCAUCUUUCGGGAAUGUAAACAAUGAAACACCGGCUGUGUUGUGUUGCUGACUUCCCUCGCAAAAUACUCCGCUUCGCACCGACAACUUUCUUCUUUGCUUGCUCAGCUUCUUUCUCCAUAAUGCAAUGAACAAAUUGCAACAGAUUCACCAACACAGAUGUCCAGAAUACUGUGGAAUAAUGAGAUGAAAACAGAGCUAUUUCGUAUUGGCUUCAAUGGGGAGCCAUACCUCUGUUUCACUGGCUACGUCACGCGCAUACGUCAUCCUCCAAAGACGUUUCCAACCGGAAGUUUAGCGGGAAAUUUAAAAUUGCACUUUAUAAGUUAACCCGGCCGUAUUGGCAUGUGUUGCAAUGUUAAGAUUUCAUCAUAAACUAUCAGACUGCGUGGUUGGUAGUAGUGGGUUUCAGUAGGCCUUUAAAUAACGUUAUCAUAUCUUAAUCAUUAUUAUCUCGUUAAAGCCCAACUACAAAGAAAAAAUGUCAAGAAGACGUCCCCAGUGAGUACAUUCAUGACUAGGAAAUGACUGUUUGCUCUAAAAUAACACAUGAUCGUGUUGACGUUUUGCCUUGUCAAGCGAUGUCAAUGUUGGCCAACAAAAAAUGCAGACAAGCUCAUGUAUGUUUUGCCUUAAAUAACGUUAUCAUAUCUUAAAUCACUAGUAGCUCGUAAAAAGCCCAACUACAAAGAAGAAAGUCAAUAAGACGUCCCGGUGAGUACAUUCAUGACAAAAAAUGUCUUAACAUGAUCGUGUUGACCACGUUUUGCCUUGUCACGUGAUGUCAAUGUUGGCCAAAUACAAAAAAAGCUGACAAUUUCAUGUGUGUUUUGCCUUAAAUAACGUUAUCAUGUCUUAAUCAUUAGUAUCUCAUAAAAGCCCAACCACAAAGAAAAAAGUCAAGAAGAUGUCCCCAGUAAGAAAAUUCAUGACUAAAAAUGACUGUUUGCUCUAAAAUAACACAUGAUUGUGUUGACGUUUUGCCUUGUCACGUGAUGUCAAUGUUGGCCAACAAAAAAAGCAGACGAGCUCAUGUAUGUUUUGCCUUAAAGAACGUUAUCAUAUCUUAAAUCACUAGUAGCUUGUAAAAAGCCCAACUACAAAGAAGAGAGUCAAUAAGACGUCCCCGGUGAGUACAUUUAUGACAAAAAAUGUCUGGUUGCACUAGAAUAACACGCCUUAACAUGAUCGUGUUGACAACGUUUUGCCUUGUCACGUGAUGUCAAUGUUGGCCAAAAAAGCAGACGAUUUCAUGUGUGUUUUGCGUAAAAUAACGUUAUCAUAUCUUAAUCACUAGUAGCUCGUAAAAGCCCAACUACAAAGAAUAAAGUCAAGUGAGAACAUUCAUGACUAAAAAUUACUGUUUGCUCUAAAAUAACACAAGAUCGUGUUGACGUUUUGCCUUAUCACGUGAUGUCAAUGUUGGCCAACAAAAAAAGCAGACGGGAUUGUGUGUGUUUUGCCUUAAAGAACGUUUUCAUAUCUUAAAUCGCUAGUAGCUCGUAAAAAGCCCAACUACAAAGAAAAAAGUCAAAAAGACGUCCCCAGUGAGAAUAUUCAUGACUAAAAAUGACUGUUUGCUCUAAAAUAACACAUGAUCGUGUUGACGUUUUUGCCUUGUCACUAUAAUGUCAAUCUUGGCCAACAAAAAAAGCAGACGAUUUCAUGUGUGUUUUGCGUUAAAUAACAUUAUCAUAUCUUAAUCACUAGUAGCUUGUGAAAAAGCCCAACUACAAAGAAGAAAGUCAAUAAGACAUCCCCGGUGAGUACAUUCAUGACAAAAAAAUGUUGGUUGCACUAGAAUAACACGCCUUAACAUGAUCGUCUUGACCAUGUUUUGCCUUGUCACGUGAUGUCAAUGUUGACCAAAAAAAAAAAGCAGACGAUUUCAUGUGUUUUGCCUUAAAUAACGUUGUCAUAUCUUAAUCACUAGUAGCUUGUAAAAAAAACUACAAAGAAGAAAGUCAAGAAGACGUCCCCAGUGAGAACAUUCACGAGUCAGCGUGAUUGCAGUGUGAGAGAUGGCCAACAGGAGGCGCUGAAAUAACCACUUCCUGUACUGUGAAUGGAGAAAUCCUCAUGCUGAUUGUCAAUCAUGAAUUAAAAUGUGUGCAAAUGACAAUGAAGGAAAAUAUGGACCAGUCAGGAUUUUACUUUCAAUGCAUAGAAUUUUACUUUCACACAUCUAUGUUGUAAAAGUCCUGUUUCUUUGUUUGAGGUCACAGGGAAUAGGAAAUAAAUCAUUCAAGUGCCAUGGAUACAAUUAUAGAUACUCACAAAAAGUUAGUGCAGGAUGAUUUUAAAAUGCACUUAGCUUGACGAGUAAACUUAAUUCCUCAACUUUCGAAUGCACAUUUCCAACGGGUCGUUGUUGGACACGUGCAUUGUAAAGUGUAUACAAGCAUUUUGUUUACAACCAAAACAUGAUGACAUAACAUAACUACCGUAAUACAGGAGAAACUCAUAGGGUUAGCUUAUACCAGCAAUUAGAUGUUCAAGGUGAAACUAAUAAAUGACAUCAUGAAACUCAAGAUAUUUCAAUACCUUUUUUUUUUAAUGUAAUUUGGAUGAUUAUGGUUCACAGUUUAUGAAAACAGCCAAUUGGAAAUUUCAUACAUUUUUGGGUUCUCAAAAACCUUAAUCCAGGGGUGUCAAACUCAUUUUAGCUCAGGGGCCGAAUGGAGGAAAAUCUGUGCAGACGUAAGCCGGACCAUUACAAUCCUGGCAUUUAAAACUAAAAAAAUAAAGACAACUUCAGAUUGUUUUUUUUUUUUUUUUGUCUUACUUUGUCCAAAAAUAGAACAAACACAUUCUGAAAAUAUUACAAUAAAAAUAUAGAAAAAAAAUACAGGCAGCAGUAAAGUUUAGAUCCAUGAAGGAAAGAAGAAAGUGAAUGAAUGUUUAUAACUUAAUACAUUUAAAUAUGCAUAAAACUGUGUUUACCUUUUGUAUAAUUUUUUUAAAUGAAUUAAGUAAUGUUUAUGACAACCUUUUUCUAAAACACAAUACAGAAUGUGAGAUAUAACAGGAUAAUGCAUACAUUUAUUAUUUGUUUUUAAAACGGUUACAAAAAAGUGGGACCCUAAAGAUUUGCUGUGGUGACUUGAUGGGGUCCCUGGGACCCCGUUUUGAAAAUUCCUAGCGCCAACACUGAUGGAGUAUUGGUGCGUGUGAAACGGCAGCAGGCGGCUGUGGCCUGCGGGCCGCUUCUAGUACUAAUUAAAUAUCAUCCCGGAGGCCAUAGAUCAUUCAUUAGUAGGCUCGCGGGCCUUGACUUUGACGCAUAGGCCUUAAUCCAUCCAUCCAUCCAUUUUCUACCGCUUAUUCCCUUCGGGAUUGCGGGGUGCACUGGAGCCUAUCUCAGCUACAAUUGGGCGGAAGGCGGGGUACACCCUGGACAAGUCGGGCCUUAAUCCAUUAUCAUCAAAAUGAUAACAAAGAAAAACUUGACAAAUCUCACUUUGCAUUCAAUGAGUUUAUAUCACAUAUUAACUUCAAAUUAGAAGUUAAAUUGCUGAAAUAAAUUGAUUUUUUUUGUUUUUUUACACGGUAUUCUUUUUUUGUUGUACUUUCACCUAUGUGUGUAUAGAAUCACAUUUAUUUUCUGUGUUGCCAUAGGUCAAUAUUAUUCAUCAGUGAUCAAAGAUGUCUCAUUUCAAAUACACAAUUUUCCAAUUGUGACCAAGAUGCAUUUUUUUUUAGACAACAUCAUCAUCAUUUAAGUUAACAUCUGUGUUGUAGGUCUACUCCUACUAUUUUCUUCUUCUGAUGUUUGUAUCUAAAAUGACCACUGGUGUGAAACCGCUUGGGACUCAUUAAAAAGGUU